CUUUAUCGCAGUCUUUCCGUUACUCAUAUCAGUAUCCCGAGACCCGUUUUCCACAGAGGACGACAUUACUUCGUUGCUCAGUGAUAAACGCUCGCUUUUGUUACCACUUUAAUUAAAGUUAACUCGAAUCCAUUCCAAAUCACUUCUGAAAAUGCGCGAAUGUAUCUCAAUCCACGUCGGACAAGCCGGAGUCCAAAUCGGAAAUGCCUGUUGGGAACUCUAUUGCCUGGAGCAUGGAAUUCAGCCUGAUGGGCGUAUGCCGUCAGACAAAGUUGCGGGAGCAUCUGAUGACUCGUUCAACACUUUCUUUUCGGAAUGUGGAUCGGGAAAGCACGUGCCAAGAGCAGUCUUUGUUGAUUUGGAGCCGACUGUGGUUGACGAAGUUCGUACUGGCACUUACCGCCAACUUUUCCAUCCCGAGCAGUUGAUCACUGGCAAGGAAGAUGCCGCCAACAACUACGCCCGUGGUCACUACACUAUUGGCAAGGAAAUCGUUGAUGUUGUCCUAGACCGUGUCCGAAAGUUGUCCGAUCAAUGCACUGGUCUUCAAGGAUUCCUCAUUUUCCAUUCCUUCGGUGGAGGAACUGGGUCUGGAUUUACUUCUUUGUUGAUGGAACGUCUAUCAGUCGACUAUGGUAAAAAAUCCAAAUUGGAGUUUGCCAUCUACCCUGCUCCACAGGUGUCCACUGCGGUCGUUGAACCGUACAACUCGAUUUUAACCACCCACACCACUCUGGAACAUUCUGACUGCGCCUUCAUGGUCGACAACGAAGCCAUUUAUGAUAUUUGCCGUCGAAACUUGGAUAUCGAACGACCCAGCUACACCAACUUGAACCGUCUGAUUGGCCAGAUCGUUUCUUCCAUCACAGCUUCUCUUCGUUUCGAUGGAGCCCUUAACGUUGAUUUGACUGAAUUCCAGACCAAUUUGGUCCCGUACCCUCGUAUCCAUUUCCCACUUGUUACCUAUGCUCCUGUCAUCUCCGCCGAAAAAGCUUACCAUGAGCAGAUGACCGUUGGAGACAUCACCAACGCUUGCUUCGAGCCAGCUAACCAGAUGGUCAAAUGCGAUCCUCGUCAUGGCAAAUACAUGGCUUGCUGCAUGUUGUACCGUGGUGAUGUCGUCCCCAAGGAUGUCAAUGCUGCUAUUGCCACCAUCAAGACCAAGCGUUCCAUUCAAUUCGUUGAUUGGUGCCCAACUGGUUUCAAGGUCGGUAUCAAUUACCAGCCCCCAACUGUCGUUCCUGGUGGUGAUUUGGCCAAGGUUUCUCGUGCUGUUUGCAUGUUGUCCAACACUACCGCUAUUGCCGAGGCCUGGGCUCGUUUGGAUCACAAAUUUGAUCUCAUGUACGCCAAACGCGCUUUCGUCCACUGGUAUGUUGGUGAGGGUAUGGAGGAGGGAGAGUUCUCCGAGGCUCGUGAAGAUUUGGCCGCCCUCGAGAAAGAUUACGAAGAGGUCGGAAUGGAUUCCGUCGAAGGUGAGGGAGAAGGCGGCGAUGAAUAUUAAUUAAAAUAUAUACAUUGAAUAUCGCCCAGAAACAUAUUCCAUUUAAUGUAGUGGCUACGUGUUUGUUGCUUGCUUCCAUAAUAUUCAUUUGCUCCUCAAUUGCUCAAUGUUGAGUUUAUUUUACAAGCAAAUAAAAAUAUUCGCACAUUUAA